GGGGUCCGUGCCAAAGCUUCAUCUCUCAUUCUGAGUCUCGACUCACUUUUGGCGUUUUUGGCCCCCCAUGUUCAAUCGAUCAAAGCUUUUUCUUGUGCUUUCAAAUUUCCGUUUCAUUUCAAUUAAAACCUUCCUUUUUUGAAUUAAAUGGAAAAGGCGAUGAUCGUUCUUUGAUUUCUAACAUUUUUAUUUUAAAUGAAUUAUGCUGAUUAUCAUCAAAUUGAGAGAAAGUGUAGUAGCAGAUGAAGAUUAUAGAUUAUCUAUUGGGCUAUUCGCCUCCCAUUUGGGCGACUUUUGUUGCUGGAGUUUUUUCAGUCAUAACAAUUUCCCUUUCGUUGUUUCUUAUUUUCGAGCACCUUUCAUCAUACAAGAAUCCUGAGGCAAGUUUUUGUGUUUUUCUUUUUUUCUAAUUGAAAUUUUCAUUUUUUUUCUUAUUUGGUUUUGCUUUUUUUUUUAAAAAAAAUUCUGUGUUCUUGGAUUGACAGGAGCAAAAGUUCUUGAUCGGAGUUGUUCUUAUGGUUCCUUGCUAUUCUGUAGAAUCGUUUGUAUCAUUGGUGCAUCCAUCAAUUAGUGUUGAUUGUUCGAUACUACGUGAUUGCUAUGAAUCAUUUGCGAUGUAUUGCUUUGGAAGAUACCUUGUUGCUUGCUUGGGUGGGGAAGAGAGGACAAUUGCUUUCAUGAGAAGACUGGGACGUGCAAGUUCUAAAACUCCACUAUUGGGACACAGUUGUGAAAAAGGAACUAUUAAGCACCCAUUUCCUAUGAAAUAUUUCCUAAAACCAUGGAAACUUGGUCGAUGGUUUUACCAAGUUGUCAAGUUCGGCAUUGUUCAAUAUAUGAUAAUCAAGAUAUUGACUGCUCUUUUAGCAGUAAUUCUUGAAGCUUUUGGUGUGUAUUGUGAAGGAGAAUUCAACUGGGAAUGUGGAUAUCCUUAUAUGGCAGUGGUUCUCAAUUUCAGUCAAACAUGGGCUUUUUAUUGUUUAGUUCAAUUUUAUACUGUUACAAAGGAUGAACUGGCACCCAUAAAACCAUUGGCCAAGUUUUUGACUUUUAAAUCAAUUGUAUUUUUGACUUGGUGGCAAGGUGUGGCGAUUGCCCUUUUUUAUGCUCUUGAUCUGUUUAGACAUCCAGUUACCGAAGGCUUGCAUCUGAAGUCAAGUGUCCAAGACUUCAUCAUUUGUAUAGAGAUGGGCAUUGCUUCUGUUGUUCACCUAUACGUUUUCCCUUCCAAACCAUAUGAGCUAAUGGGAGAUCCCAUUCCUGGAAGAGUUUCAGUCCUUGGAGACUAUGCAUGUGCUGAUUGCGCUCCGGAUCCUGAUGAGAUUAGGGAAAGUGAGCGACCCACAAAACUACGCUUACCGCAGCCUGACAUAGAGGCUCGAAGUGGAAUGACCAUAAAAGAAAGUGUGAAGGACGUAUUCAUUGGUGGUGGUGAAUAUAUCGUAAAUGAUGUAAAAUUUACUGUAAACCAAGCAGUUGAGCCAGUUGAGAAGGGGAUUACCAAGUUCAAUGAGAAGCUGCACAAGAUCAAAGACCGGAGAAAGACAAAGGAUGAUAGUUGCAUUGCCACUGCCGAACCGAGGGUAAUUCGUGGAAUAGACGAUCCCCUCUUAACUGGGAGCAUGAGUGAUAGUGCGGUAGCAAGGGGAAAGAAACAUUGUAAAAAAUCAGGAAGCACUACCAGUGCGGAAAGUGGAGACAGUAGCUGCUAUCUAAACUCUGGCGGAUAUCUUAUUAGGGGCCGUAGAUGGGUCACAAAGGAUUAAAAGCUUAUAUGAAUUAUUGUGGUUAUAUGAUGAACUACAAACACACCUUGUGAUGGCUUAAAAUAUAGUCAUCUCCUACUCUUAGUUUCUGGACUGCUAGCUUGCUUCCCAUGCCUAACAGCAUUCAUUAUUUUCUGCCUAAGGCGGUUGAAGAACUUUUUUUUUUCUUUCACUUUCCUGAAAUUUUAGAACCAUUGUUCUAUUUAUAGUCCGUCUAGGCAAGUGUUUUCAGGUCGAAUCAAGCUUGAGUAAUGUCUGGAAAUCAUUGCCCAGGGAAAAAAGAGAGUUAUAAACACAUUAACAGCUGUUUUGUAUUCUGGCUCUGAAUAUAUAUGUACGGUAUUUGAGAUCAUUUUCCA